CACUGCUGCUGCGCAAUGAUCGAGGCUGCGCGCAUAGGUGGAUCUGGGACAAUGGGUGUGUAGCGACAGAGGAGACGAAACAACCAAACAAAGCGUCUGUCCAGGACUGGUUUCAUUGUAGUUGUAAGAAAUAACAUGUCGAAACGUGUCAGACCGGGAUACCACCGCCAAGAAGUGAGCAAAACCACAUGGGAAGUACCGGAGCGGUACCGGGAGCUGAGGCAGGUGGGGACCGGAGCGUACGGGACGGUCUGUUCAGCCGUGGACGUCAGAUCAGGAAGCAAAGUGGCCAUCAAGAAGCUCUACCGACCGUUUCAGUCUGAGCUGUUUGCAAAGCGAGCCUUCAGAGAGCUGAAGCUGCUCAAACACAUGAGGCAUGAGAAUGUGAUCGGCCUGUUAGACGUGUUUACUGCUGACCUCUCUGUCGACAUGUUCAAUGACUUUUACCUGGUCAUGCCGUUCAUGGGGACAGAUCUGGGGAAGCUGAUGAAGCUGCAGCGGCUGUCAGAGGAAAAAAUUCAGUAUUUGGUUUAUCAGACGCUCAAAGGCCUGAAGUAUAUCCAUUCUGCUGGGAUCAUUCACAGGGACCUGAAACCAGGAAACCUCGCUGUCAACCAGGACUGCGAGCUCAAGAUCUUAGACUUUGGUCUGGCGCGGCAGGCGGACAGCGAGAUGACAGGAUACGUGGUUACUCGAUGGUACAGAGCCCCAGAGGUCAUCCUGAGCUGGAUGCACUACACUCAGACCGUGGACAUCUGGUCUGUGGGCUGCAUCAUGGCAGAGAUGCUGCAAGGAAAACCUCUCUUUAAAGGCAGCGACCAUCUAGAUCAGCUGUCAGAGAUCAUGAAGAUUACGGGAACGCCAAGUCAGGAAUUUAUAUCCAAACUAGAAUCUGAGGAUGCUAAAAGCUACCUCAAAAGUCUCUCCAAAGUGGAAAAGAAAGACCUCCAGAAGGUGUUUCCCUCAGCUAACCAUCAGGCUGUGUCCGUGCUGGAGCGCAUGCUGCUGCUUGAUCCAGAGCAGAGGGUGACGGCGGCGGAGGCGCUCUCUCUGCCGUACUUUAAGGAGUUCAGAGAACCAGAAGAGGAGACGGAGGCUCAGCCGUACGACCACACGAUAGACAACUCAGAACUGCCGCUGAAUCAGUGGAAACGUCACACCUUCACAGAGAUUCUGACCUUCAAACCCGUCGUGCCUGAAUCAAAGGAAACGUCGCUGUGAACUCGGAGAGGAGAACCAGAACAAGCCAACAUGACUUUAUGUCAUCCUAACAGGGUUAAAACUCUGAAAACAAGUCUUAAUGAAGCCAACAGACGCAGUUAACAGUCCUCUGAGAGGUGCAAGCUGCUGAUUUACCUAAACCAGACUAUUAAGGUUAGAAUGACUCCAAUGUGACUAGAAUGAAACAACAGUUUAAUCUAAAGACUAAGACUGGAUUCAAAAUAGCAGGGAAAAUUAACACUGCAGUGACAACAGCAUUAUUCAAACGUUAAAGAUCCAGGACUUCUUCAUGCUGCAAAUCAAACUCUGCUGGGAAUACUGAGGGGAAUAUUUUGUGAUAGGUUGUUUUGUAAAAUGUCUUUGUGUUUGCCCUUGAGAGAUGUGAUUGAAUUCACUGGUACGUCCUUGUAUAUGAGAGUGUAUGUUUAUAAAUGUGUGUGUGGGUGUGUGUGUGUGUGUGUAGUCUAAAUAUCUGCUCUGACCUCGUCAUUCCUCCGAGUGGCCUUAAAGAGAACGACAGAAAAAAAAACACACUGAGUUUGAUGGACUGAAGCCAUCCUAUUAGCCAGUAAAUAACACCCACAUUUUCAUUUUUAAUCAGAAAAUCACAGUUUGUUUUUCAACUCUGUCAGUUUUUAAGCACAAAGACGCACAAACGCAUCAUCUCUGUUGAUUUUAUAUCACUGUUUGAUCACUUCUGCUGUUUUAUUAUUAAAAAUUCUCU